AAUAGACCAGUCAAUAUAUCUGCUAAUGCAAUAUCGAUAUGGCACAAUUACAAAUCAGUACUGUCCAUCAUGCAUAAACAAAAGACAGAAAGACAGAGAGCAAGUGAACUAGUGCAAAUUCUCACAUGUUUAAGCCAAACAAAUUUCCACAGACAAUACAAAGUAUAUUCCAGAUAAUAUAGGGCAAAGAAAGAACACUUUGUAAAAUAGAUCACUUUACAGAUAAUUUACAUGCAUAUGUCCUCAUAUUUAAUCUUCACACAGAUGCAGCAAACCAGUUUUUUAGGUUUUUAUUUCCUAAACAACGUUCCUUAUGUAAGACAACCAUGAAUAUCUUCCCCAGGAGCUAGUCUUUCAGGGGGCUGGAGGAGAGCAAGUGAUAUGUCCACAUUAUAAAUGAAGGAAAAUGGGAAUAAACGUUUCUUGGGCUGUCAUGCAUCAUUUUAGAUCAUUAGAUCUAACACUGGUAGCUGUAAAUCUGAUUGAAACAAUAACUAAAAUACAAAACAACAAUAUGCCUGCAAAAGUGUAUCGCCUCAUCAGCACAACAUUCCUACCAGAAAAUGAAACCUUCUGUUCCACACACUUUGGGACUACAAUGUUAAACUAAUGCAUAUAAGAAAACCAAAAUAUCCAAAUCAUAAUGCUUUCAAAUGACCAAGCCCAGAUGUAUCCCGUCCAUUUUUCAAGGCACAGCUUCAUGUUCAAUUCCUUCAGGAAAUGCAAUGGCUUAAGUAGAUCCUAUCUCCUCUCCCUCACUCCUAUUCUUGGUACCUUCCUUCCAGGUGCUCAGUUACAGUUGUGAAAGUACAUAUGAACCAGAUCAAACAACUCACCCAAGUUACAAAGGAACCUAUGCAAAAAAAGAUUACUUUAACCCAGAUAAGUUUCCUUACAGUUCAUCUUGAGCUCCCACAAUCUAUACCAACAAGCUGAAGGAGCAGCUCAAGGAGAGAGCAGCCAGAGCUGGCACCAUGUAAACCAGCACCAACUCCACGCAAGCUUUUACACAACUGAGGUAAAACCAAGAGGGGUGUUAUUAAUAUAGCUGCAUGUGGGAAGGCUCCACACACUACCAAACUGUCCUGGUAGGUGAGACUGUGGAUAAGAAAAGACAAUGGGUUAGAAAACAAGCAUGCUUGAUUCAGCUGAUUCUUACGUUACCUACAGUUAUAUUCCUCCUCAGCCAAAAAGCUGAGAAAAACAAAAUCUGAAAAAAAGGAAAAACUCUACAGGAUGAUUUUGAUGAGGCGCUUUCUCUUGAUGUAAACGCCUCACCGAAAGGCCAUGCUGAAGAGUCAGCUGUAUCCUCUACUGACACCAAAUGCUUUGUAUUGUGCACAGUAUGUAAAACACUGUCUUCUCAAACUGACAGUGAAGGACUCUUCUUAAGAUUUUUAGAAAUCCUUUGCUAUUAUUAUUAAUAAACAAAUACUGUAAUGUUCCUCCCACUCUUCUGGAUGCUUCUGAAGAACACAUAAUUCUCCUACACAUAUAUAUUUCAAAAAAAGCAAAUCUGAACUUUUUCUGAACUAUUUCCUAUUUCCCCUGAGACAUGAAAAUUGUCCAUUACCAAACAAAAGAGAAACAAACCAAAAAAAGCAAACAACCCCCUCAAACAAAACCCCAAACCAAAUAAACAACUGCAGCAGAUGUCUGCUGUAAACCAUCCUCAUGCACUUGCAAAAAAGCAUCAACAAUGUGGUCUCAUACCUAGGUAGUUCUAGUAGCCAGCCUGCCACUACUUUUGUUAAUGAAGCUUAUACGGUCUUUAGAAAAAUCUGAACACUCUAUAAGCAUGCAGUAAAUAUAUUUAUACUUGGCCUCUAAAUUUAAAAAAUGUCAUGCUAAUCUGGGAAUAUUUUAAAUGGCAUUAAUAAUGCUUCCCAAAUGAACAUCGAGAUUUUCCUUCACACUCAAAGUCUGGGAAGUCUCAGCCAACACCAUGAGCAUGAAAGCCCUAGACAGAUGAAGUAUUGAAACAGGUGAGAAAGCUCAAUGAAAGGAGAUUCUCACAAAGCAGUUGCCCUUGGAUGAUGUACCCCAGGAAAGAAACAGACAUCCUCACUAAUCAGCUCUCAAGUGAUUCCAGGAAUGAUUCAAAUAAAAGAAAAAAAGAUGCAAGAAAAACUUCUCCAGCAGUCAUACUGUAGGGCUCCCAGAAGCUGAUGACUGCCUUUUGUAAAGCUCCCUGUGAGUAUAAGGGCAGGUAUGGCUAAGGACUAGGCUGCUUUUCCAACAGGAAAGCUCUUCACAGCUUCAGGCAUUCUUCUGAAUCAUUGUAAUACCUCACAGAUAAAAAUUCAGAUUGAAAAAGAACACAGUCCAUGACUGGUGUCCUGACACUUGUGGAUCACUCCUCUGUUGAGGCAACAGCAGGACAGACAGGUCCUGCAUUGGUGCUGGGUUUGACAGCAGCAGCUCCAGCGGUGCUGGACAACACUCGCCAAGACUGGGACUGAAUGGUUUCUAACCUGACACCUCAGGAUGAUUCCAAGAUGACCUGACUCUUUGUAAAACACACCUACUUCAUUUCAUGGACUCCAUCAAAGAACCUCAUCCAUAAUUGAACCUUGCCAUUUUGGAAGGACAAUAUAAACAGACACCUACAAUCCCAGAUAAGGAAAAUAGGUUUAAUAUUUAACUGUAGAAAUAGAAGGGCAGAUAUAAAUGCUUUGUGCCUAACCUAGCAGAUACAGAAAUGGACAUGCAUAAUCAUCAACAGAAUUUAAAAUAACUACUUUCACUAUUGAGUAAGCCCUUCAACAUAAACUUUGCUUUGAUGGAAUUUGUCAGACUCAGAAUGCUUCUAGGUAAUUACUAAUACAAAUACCAAGUGUUUUCUCAAAACACAAACCUGAAAGCUAACUUUAUUGGUACAGUGUAUUUUGCUGUUGCACCAACUUUGAAUUUUUUAUUCCCAAACAAUAAAACAAAUUGAAACCACAAAAUUAAAACAAGCACAAAUAUGCUUUGGAGUACAUUUAGCUCACACUUAAGCAAUCCAAACAUCUUGGAUUAUUUAAUGAUGAAACAACUGGAAACAGAACAGAGUCCACUAAACUCUCGGCUCCUAAAAUCCACACAAAACACAGUAAAUGCAUGAAGGUUUUGCACAACUGAUGUCAAACUGAGAUACUAACUCUUGACAUCCGUGACAGUACAAACUGCCCAGCACUGCAUUUACAGCAGGUAUUUGCAACCAGAGAAGGCACCUCCUUUAAGCUUCUCCAAUGUGCAAACACAUACUGGUGAAAUGUGUCCACUCCUGACCACAACAUGUAGCUGAACAUGAAACAACGGCCAAGAAGAAGAAAAAAGGUAAAACAAUUCUAUAAAAUAUUCCCAACUCCUGGCUCCUGACCUCGGGCCCAGUCUUGCCACUGUCCUCAUAAGCCCAUCCUUCCCUUUAUCUGCCCAGCAUGCAGGUCUGUGGCCUGUCCAGAUGUGCCCAGAUGUGACUCAAAACAGGCCCGAGCACUUGUUUUAGUACAAACUAUUUGGGAAGGGUAUGGAGGAAGCACAGGAUCUAUAAGAGGACUUGAGAAGCCAUCCUUGAUGGACAAAGAAUGCUGUGUGGAAGGUCAGAAUGCUUCACUGCAACAUGCUCUUCCCACCUUGUCUAUGAAGUUUUGCCACCCCCACAUGGGGAAAAAAACCUGAGAAUAAGCAACUAGCUUCAAACCGAUUCUUCCUUGUAAAACCUACUACAAGGAGUGCCUGCGUAUACGGUACAGGGAAGGACCCUAACAAAGAGAAAAAGCACUCGCAAGAUAUUGCCCCUUUAUUACAGCUAUGAAAGAAAAAGCAGGAGUAAAAGCCGGUUGGAUUUUCCCCAUCUUACAGCACCUCGCAGGUCUCUUCUCUGAGCAGUACGUUGCCUGAGUGAGUGGAAACAUACAGAUCAGCUGCAGGUUUCUAUCUACAAAAACAGAGUGAAAGAGAAAGAAAAGGGUUGGGAAAGCAGAGACAAAUAUUGACCUGGACUUAGAGAAGGACAUCCAAUGGCUGAAUAAAGAACCCUGUUCAUGUUUUGGGAUAUUCUUUCAACUGGCUGGAACGAGAGCGGAUCAAAAGAAUGGGAAAUGCCAGCAGACCCUUUAGAAGAAUUGCUUAUUUCUUAUGCCUUUUAUCUGUGCUUUUGCUGACUGAAGGGAAGAAACCAGUGAAGCCAAAAUGUCCUGCCUGGUGUACUUGUACCAAAGAUAAUGCUUUAUGUGAAAAUGCCAGAUCUAUUCCUCGCAGCGUUCCGCCUGAUGUUAUCUCACUAUCCUUUGUGAGAUCUGCUUUUACUAAAAUCCCAGAAGGGAGUUUUUUGCUCACACCAUCUCUGCAGCUUCUGUUGUUUACGUCCAACACUUUUGAUGUUAUUAGUGAUGAUGCUUUCAUGGGCCUUCCUCAUCUAGAAUAUUUGUUCAUAGAGAACAACAACAUUAAGUCAAUUUCAAGAAAUACUUUCAGAGGACUGAAAUCUUUAAUUCACCUGAGUCUUGCAAAUAAUAAUCUCCAGUCACUUCCAAAAGACAUAUUUAAAGGCUUGGAUUCUUUAACAAAUGUAGAUCUUAGAGGCAAUGCAUUUAAUUGUGACUGCAAACUGAAGUGGUUAGUGGAGUGGCUGGGCAGCACCAAUGCAACUGUUGAAGACAUUUACUGUGAAAGCCCACCAGAAUAUAAGAAGCGCAAGAUCAACAGCCUCUCUCCAAAAGAGUUUGAUUGCAUUAUUACAGAAUUUGAAGUUUAUCAGUCCCUGCCAUACCAAUCUCUGUCAGUAGAUACUUUCUCAUAUAUGAAUGAUGAACACGUGGUUAUUGCUCAGCCUUUUACUGGAAAAUGCAUCUUCCUUGAAUGGGACCAUGUGGAGGUGAUGUUCAGGAAUUACGACAACAUUACAGGUACUUCAACUGUUGUGUGUAAACCAAUAGUUAUUGAGAGUCAGCUGUAUGUCAUUGUCGCACAGCUGUUUGGAGGCUCCCACAUAUAUAAAAGAGAUAUUUUUGCUAAUAAGUUUAUAAAAAUUCAAGAUAUUGAAAUCCUUAAAAUCCGAAAACCCAAUGACAUUGAAACUUUCAGGAUUGCUGAAGACUGGUAUUUUGUUGUUGCAGACAGUUCAAAGGCUGGUUUCACCACGGUUUACAAGUGGAAUGGGAAUGGAUUUUAUUCCCAUCAGUCUCUGCAUGCCUGGUACAGAGAUACUGAUGUGGAGUAUCUUGAAAUAUCUGGCAAACCACAUUUAAUUCUGUCAAGUAGUUCGCAAAGACCUGUAAUAUAUCAAUGGAACAAAGGAACAAAUGAAUUUGUUAAGCGGUUUGAUAUCCAAGAUAUGGAAGAUGCAUAUGCAGUGAAGCAUUUCAAGGUGAAAGAGGAUGUAUACAUUUGCUUAACAAGAUUUAUUGGGGACUCUAAAGUAAUGAAAUGGGGUGGUUCAGCAUUUCUGGAUUUACAAAGGAUGCCAUCCCGAGGGUCAAUGGUAUUCCAACCACUUCAGAUAAAUAAUUACCAAUAUGCCAUUCUUGGAAGUGAUUAUUCUUUCACUCAAGUCUAUUAUUGGGAUGCGGAAAAGGCAAAAUUUGUGAAGUUUCAAGAAUUAAACGUGCAGGCACCAAGAUCUUUCAUACAUGUCUCCAUCGAUAAACGAGAUUUUCUCUUUGCUUCAAGUUUUAAGGGAACUACAUUGAUUUAUAAACAUGUCAUAGUUGACUUAAGCGCAUGACACUCAUAAUUCUGAGAUUACAUCAGACUUUCUACCGUAAGCGGACAACAUGAACUAAAUGCAUGAUGACUCUCUUAUCUUACUUCCAAAUGAAUGCCUUUAAAAGUUGAGAUUGCUAGAACAAAGUAUUACUAGUAUCUUCAUCUUUAAUUGUCAAGUCUAGUGGUGUUGGAAGUUGCAUUUUUUAACAAAAAGAAAUUAAAUUAACUGUUCUUUGCAUCCACAAUAUGUAAAUACAUGUGCAACUGCAUCUGUUGCUAUAAAGAAUAUUAAGAUGUACUUUUCCAUUUAUUUAUUCACCUGUUUGAAACAACUGCCAAAUAAAAUGUUUACAUUUUGUGUCUUUCA